CGUUACCCUGUUCGUUCAUAAUCGAAAGAAAAAAUUAUGUUUAUGAGUAUGUACAAGACGUCACUGUAACAGAGCUCUUAUUAUCCCGCUGUGAAUCACGCAUGGUAUCCGCCAGCGAUAAAUAGUAACUAAACAAAAAAAAGAAAAGAAAGGUUGAGAGAAAAACACACACACACACACACAUAUAUAUAUAUAUAUAUAUAUAUACAUGAAGAUCUGCCUAGAUGCUUUCUAGUUGUUGCUAAUGCUGCUGCUGUUGUUAUUACUUUAAUCCUUAUCUUUGUCGGUCGGCCGGGCGGUGCGUGCCAAGCAGCGUACUUUGCUUGUGUCGUACGACGCGCGCGCCGGUGUCCACAGCGCCUCCAGAACUCCGUUCAUGAACGUGUUAAGCGGAAAUCUUUCCUACAGAGUAGCAAAUCUGUUCUAUCCGUUAGUACCGUUCCCGCUUCAAAAGCAUAUUAUAACAGUGCGUCCGUCAGCUCUGUUUUAACCUAUUGGAAUAAAUCAUUUACUAAUGCCUGUGUAAGUGCGCUGGUGACGUGUACGAUGAACGUGUACCGGCUCAAUUUUUACUCCCUCUAAUGAUUCAAUGUUCGCGGUAGAUGACUGUAUGCACACGUAACGAGUUUAUUGUGAUCUAUUGUGAUCCGAUGAUCCGGAUGUAGAGAAGUCAAAAUCAGUACUUAGACGCUGCUCACAAACGUGUUCUUGAUUUCGAUAUUUCCAUGUUGAGUUUGGCGUCGCGUCUUGGCAAAAUUUUGUACAAAAUGGGUCAGUUAAUUUUUAUAUCUUCAUGAUUCGUUUGAAGAUCCUAAUAGCUUCUCUCAGAGUUCGAAAUUUAACAGUGACGGUUAAAGGCUUCUUUGAAAAAGUAUUCAAAGUAACUGUGUUCACAAGAUAUGCAUUGUCAAGCCAUUCUUAAAAGCUCACCAAAUCAUCUUCAUGACGGUGGUAUAGUGCAGAUUUAUAAUUUGACACAAAUCGCUGAACAGAUAAUCAGUGUUUGCACCCAUUGUCCAAUGCGCUGCCAAAUGAAAUUAGAGCAAAGUGAUUUAUGUUUGUAUUUAAACGUUCCAUUUGUUGGAGAACACAUAGCUUUACGGCAAUCAAUUGAUCACUAAUAUGAUGAUUGUCACGUGAACAAGCAAGCUCUACACGUAAUUUUUUCUGCUAUAUGAUGUUUUUUAAGCGGCAUGUCAUACUAGGUACUAAAUAGAAUUUCAUAGAAUUUUCAUAGAAUUGAAAGAACACAAUAUAUUCCUUAAAGGCCCUCUGCGAGCUACAGUAGUGCUAUAUUCACGAAUAAAAGGGGGUUGACGCUAGUAACGCAUUUGGCUAGUUACUCUGUGAUCAUUUGCGCGAACUAAUGACUCUGUUCUCUGUUGACAUAGGUUGUUUGCUAUGUAGUAAUCUUAAAAAAAAAAUGCUGUUUCAAUAAUUUCCGAUUAAUCGAGUGUUAUAUUGUACUCCGUCAAAUCUCUAAAAUACUAUCGACCCUGUAGAAAAUACUUUUUGGAAAGACCUUGAAAGGAAAUCAAUUGACGAAUAUUCCACUGCAACAUGCUUCGGCUUUCAGCUAAGCCACUUUAAGCUCGUCUCUUCUACAAAUGGCACAUCAUCCUAAAAACUAAAAAACUCUUACAGUUGUUUUUAAGUUUUUCAUCAAAACUAAGCAAACUGUAGCUCGAUGUUGAAUAUAAAAUAAAUAAUUCUCUUACAAAGUUCAAACGAUUUGGUCUCUUGCCACUCGACUCCAAAACCCGUACCUCUCCUUCGCCGUUGAGAUCAUCUAUUAUUAUUAUUAUUAUUAAUUCUAAUCCCCUGCGAGCUCGUUUACAAUGCUUUAUGAACACAUCGAUGCUAUUACAAUAUCCUACUAGAGCUUACUAUUUAUAAAAGAGUGACCAACGCCCGUUCGAUAACUGCUUACCGUUUACAGCGUACGCGGUGCCUUUCUCCCGUUACUCGGUGCUGUGUUUCGCAGUGUCCUUCUCUACGACGACCCGAAGAUUUGUGCGGCAUUGUCAAACGAAAUAAGAGACUUUUGUUGUUGUUGUUGUUCAACGGCCCGCGAGGGUGGCUCAUAGCUUCCUGGUGCGUUCAGGUAUGUCUUUCCUGUUGUGCUUAGAAUCACUCCAACGCGCAGGUUAUCGGUUAGCGUUUAACGAGUCAAGGAAUUCAUGGCUGUAUUCUGCUUCCUUCUCUUUUCUUUUGCUUCAUCUUCCUUCCUCGAAGUCGCUCGCUUGAGUCCGGUUUCAGCAUGUACCCGCUCGAUAACCGCUAGCAGCAUCAAAAACAACAAAAGCUGCCGCUUGAACAGCGGCUAGUGUCAACGGCAGCAGCUGUCCCGCAAAUCAAAGAGCCUUUCUGCCAUCCGUAGGCCGUACAACCGUUAUUAAUCAGGCCGCCCUUGAAAUUACUUUGUACUACUCACUCCCAUUAUAACCGGCGCUGCCAGCUGUAGUGGUCGCGUUGAUAGUAAAUUGUACCACAGUUGUGUUGGUGGUCCGGUAAUGCAGAUGCUGUUGGCCUGUUUCGUUUGCUCUCACUUUUCAUCUCUCCCCGUCGAGAUUCGUUUGGGUGAAGCGUAUUAUUUACGAUGGCACCGCAGCGUUUGCGGCAGUCGCUUGUUAAGUGGACGUCGUCGUCGCUGAGACAUCGCCGUCGCCGGCCAAGCCAAUAACGGAGCACCAACAAGCAGGACCGGAGCAACGAGAUGGUGCGCAACGUUGUGAGAGCAGUCGAAUGUGCUGCUGCCAGCUCGCGCACGAGACGUCCAGCGUAUCGAAAGAAGUUAGGAAGGAGUAACCCAGUGCGAAGGAGCGCUGUUGCUGUUCGCAGCUAUAGAAAAGGCGGUCGUGAUUCACCAGCUAACGAUAAGUGGCAACAACCGUAGGGAUUGAACUGCGUCGAAGUUCGGCGAAGAGUAGCGAAACUAACAAAUCUACGUAAAAAGAUAGAUUCCAAUGAGAUAACACACGAGCUCAAGAGAGGGUGAGACGUUGCGUGUACACGUUCGCCCAGUUCGCUGCUUUCUCGAAUAGAUGGGAGGGGUUGCAACCACCCUGUCAGGACUUGCAAUCGCUAACGCAAACUGUUGCUUUGCCGAAGACGAUAAAAACAACAAUAACACCAUACAUACACAUAUACUUCGGCGCGGCUGCUGUAAUCAGCGUCGCCGCGCCCCACACCAAUAUGUAACAUUGAAUAGGCAACAAGAAACCCGUUUUAAUCGCAACUACGCCAUGUCUAUUCCGUUUCGUUCUCUUCCAGCACAUCACAGCAACGCGACGCAGUGCGGUACGUCCUGAGAAGCGCCGACAGCAUCAGCGGUAUCGACGAUAUCGUGUUGCGAUGCAUCAACACCCAAUAGCAAACGCUGCGGCCGCUCGCAGCUCUGCUCCACAGCACUAUAAACGACGACGACAACAACAACAACAACAACGCUCUGCUGUGCGUAAUUACUCCUGUAGCGCACUGACGGCUGAACGGAAUUAGCGAUGGCGGCGGCAGCAGUAGUCGAUAGAGCAAGAGGUCGACCGACCUAUUGGAUAACUCUACCGGGCCUCGACGACACAGCGCACCAGGGCGGCAUCUGCUGUUGCCGUUGAGUGAGUUGGUCAGCCGAAGCGGAGUAGCAUUGCGUCGAGUGGAACGCCACGGCUCCUCCUUCUUCGCUCACCGUGCGUCAUGUGGAGGCAUCGUGUCAUGAUACCUCUAAAUACCUAUGAACGGUGACUGUCGACGGCGGCGGCAACAGCAGCUGCUGCUGCUGCUGCUGCUGCUAAAACAUUACUGAAACAGCCCUGAUGGUAUUCAUCGUUGUGCGUGUGCCCGAUGCUGUUUUAUUCGAUCUGAUUCUAUCCCGUCCGAAACGUGUCGACGUGCACUUUUUGGACGACUUUUAUGCACCGAGUGCCCCGGCUUCUCUGCUUCUUCUGGAGACGCUUACGCUUCUUGUCUGUGAAAGCACGCAAGGCUAUUUACAUGCGCUUCUAAACGAGGAUGCUGGUCUCAGGCCAGAGGUUCAUCUGAAAGCUUAGCAACCGUCUAUUAACGGUGCAGUUCCGUCGUGAUAACGUGAUGCCCGCUAGAUUUGAGGAUACGCGAGGUGGGCAAGAUUCGAAAUCGCGCGUAGACAAAAAUCGGACUUCGUUUUGCGCAGCGAAAGUCGACGCGCCAUCGUCUCAAGUGACGCUUAAUUUCUAGGAUACAGCAAUACCUGUCUCAUCGCGUGCGUUCAUGUAUAGUGUGUGCAGGUGAGCUCGCCGCCGUUACCGGCUAGUAUGGCGAGUUGACAGAACAGCCUGUACGACGUGGGGAUCCGUUUUUUUCUUACGUUCCCAGCGCACUUGUCGAUCCUGCAGACAAAUCACUUCGUUUACUGCGUUGGCCGUUAGGUUGAACAUUGGGCCUCACUGUUAUUACUGCUGCAUUUUUACGCUUAUGGAUUUCUACUGCUCACUGUGAUAGUGCUAUACAUAUAGAAUGGUUUAUGUGCAGAUUGCCGUUUUAAUUAAUGCUUCUAUUUUUAACACAUAUUUAGCACUAAAAUGCUCCUAUUACCAUUAUUAUUAAUUAUUCGAUUAUCGCAAGCUGAUAUACUUAUCAACGCAAGAGGCUUUUAAAGUACGUCGGCCACCUAUCACGCAACCAUAGCGGCCUAUGCAUUAAUCACGUUUGCGACUACUCCGUGCGUAUGUACAACACGGUCCCGUUCGAGUAUCUGUUGACUUGUAUAUAUUGCAUUAUGUUAAUGUCGUUCAAACGAAUUACAUUGAGAUCCAUAUGUCCGUUUCUUACUACAGCUCGGCCGGAUUAGUGACGAUGUUUCCAUGAAUUCGAUACUGUUUACCCAUUUGCCUUCCAGCCAUGUCGAUUACGCGAGUGCAUCUUAUCUACGCAGAGCAAAGAGUCGGGUGACUUUCACGGUAAUCUGCGUUCUCGCUGACCGCCGUAAAGGAUGGCUAGGGAGUCUGACACCGUUCCAUAAACGAGCGUGCGAUGUCCGAUAAAAAAAUACACGAAUCACGUCAUAACGAAACGGAAAAAAGGCGUCAGAGAGAAGAGAGAGGUGGCCCACAACGGGACAAAUUUGAAAAGUGUCCUUUUUCUCUUUGAAAUACGACGGCUGGAUAACCUGACCGUGCGUGCUGCACAUCCCCAUCUCAGUGCUGAGAUAGUGGUCAAGCGGCGUAUGUGCGUUCUUGGGCUGUUGUGUCACCCCGACUUAGCUGAUGUUUUGACGCACAGUUAUUAUAUCGACGCUCCUAUUAUUAUCAUGAUCGUCCGCGAUGGGAGUCGAUUGCGCUUUUUCAUUCAUGGAAUACGUUGCAUUUUGACUUUCUAAUGUCUGCUGUUUAGUUAUUAAAGUUAAUAAAACGCAAGUGGUCGUAUCCAUUUAAUGGCUCAUUUGUCCUUUUCUUUGGUAUGUAUGGCGAUAUAACUGUAUGUCUACGCAUAUGCGCGUAAGACCAUGUACUUGUAACGACCACGAUACCGUUGAUGAUUCAUCUAUCUUUCGUUUCUUUCCGUCUCAUUCAAUCAACACGGUCAUGAUGAGAAGUUUAGAAUAUAUCCGUAGAUGUUAAUGGCAAUAUGUCAUCUAUAGAAAUCAACCCUUCCGCUACCGCCAACUUUACUUUAUCAAUUCUGUUACCUCCCAAUAAAUACGAAUAUAACAAUGAAAAUACAUGAUAACACGGUGCAUUCUUGUAUUCCCUUCUUGGCUAGUUGUCCCGAAUUCUCCGUUUAACUCAUUAUCUGUCGAUUCAUUGAUCUGGAAGGCUAAUGUUCUGUUCCACAGGCAAACUAAUUUCGUAAACUUAUUUAUACGUUUAGUUGUUGUUGUUAAGUGUGGUGGUCACUAUCUGGUUUUUAUGCAUCUCCUUUUUGCAGAUCCGAUGCCCACUUCCAGUAGCAGCAGUAACGACAAAAAUGCUCCUGGCAGCAGUAGCAGCAUGGCUAAUAACAACAGCAUCAGCAAUAGCGGAACUUGCGGAGCUGUACUUCGUGAUAGCAACAACGGAAACGGCAGCGGUACCGCCAGCAGUAGCAACAACACAAAUACGGGUAGUGCCUUAACUUCCGGAGGUUUUGUCGGAGCGACGAGAAGUGGAAAUUCGAUUGUCGGCAGUAAUGGGGGCAAUAUCAUCAACAUUGACAACACCAACACAGGCAACAACACCAGUCGCAGCACAAAUAGCCCAAGCAGUCAUUAUUGGGGCAAUGGCGCGUUUAUAGUUCAACACAAAUUCACCCGUGCCAAAAGCUACUACAUCGACGAUGAAGGCAGACCGAAAGCUGACCCGAAACAGCUGCGGUGGAGUGCAAGCGAUCCGGAGGUAAUGGAGCUGGUCACCGGCUCAGGCGUCUAUAUCAAGCUGUUCGAUCUCGUAAAUGUCUACUAUCGAACAAAGAACGCGAUAUCGGCCGCACGUCGACUCUUGGUCUGCGUCUUCAACGACCAAACACUGAUCGAACGAAGCGUAAAGGGUUCGCCAGAUCGGCCUGGACUUUGUCCUAUCACUCAUCAGGCUAUUUUAGACUGCGUAGAAAUGAUUAGCCAAUGCAAACCUCCGGAUUGGGCCGCAGAUGAGACGAUGAUCAACCGAUCGCUGAUAGUGCGCUUAUGUGAACUUCGCUCAAAAAGAACGGCCAAAAUCUAUGUAACAUCACAGCCGAACCCGACUGCACAUCCCGGUCCCUUCCCCGAAAGUUAUUUAAGUUAAGAUAUCGAGCAAUUCACUUCUAUAGGACCGUUCAAAGAUUACGCAAGUUUGUUCAGCAGCACAUGACCAGGAACAUUUCAAUAGUACCACUAUUACUAGAUUGGAUUAAGUUAAGGAUAGAUUCAAAUACAAGUUAAUCUGAGGUCGGGAUUGAGACGACGUACAUUUACUGGUGCGAGACAAGAUUCGAUAUCAAUGUAUAUUAUUUCGUACAGAUACAUAUGUAACUCUGAUAAGAACCGCAAUACAUAAUGUAGGACAUUACUUUUGCCAUUCUCGACAUGCAAGACCUUUCAGGCAACCUUUUACUGAUUUCGUUAUAAGCACAAGAAAGUUACGAAUAAGAAAAUGGAGUAGAGUACGAGUAGCGGUUGUGGACUUUAUCGGCACAGAAAUAGAUUACAUUUGGCGGCUCUUUCAAAACAACCCAUUUUAGUUCUCUAUAAGAAUCUAAAUUGAACUUAUACCCUUAGCUUAUUCAAGCAGCGCGGCUUUGGUGGAUAACUGUUUGGUAGCAAAAAAAAAACUUAAAAGCGUCUGACGACCGUACAAUAACGCCAAAUGUGAGCGAUUAUAGAAUGCUAUAUAGGCGAAAUCCAGUCGAAGACAUUUGUCAAAUUCGGUAAGGACCAGUAGGUAGAAUAGCACUGACUAAACGAUAGACACUCAGCAUUAGAUCGGAAAUCUUGCAUUGAGUCUAUGUAAGCUAAAUAUAUAGAUUUCGAUAUUGUCAUGUAGAUGCCGCACACAUAUUCACCACUGUGCAAUGAACGAAGUCCUUGGGUAGCUAAACUAUUGUAACCCAAAUCGAUCGAGGAUGCAGUUUAUGGAUUAACUAGCCAAUAGAAAACCAUUUCGUUUUAUUAAAAAUACAUUAUUAUAAUUAGUGUUGUUAAUCAUUUUUAGUGAAGCGAUGUGGCGCGUGGGUGUUUUGCGGCUUAUUUACUUUUCGGUAGAUUAAGGCCCCGAACAUAGUUUAAAUAAACCAAACCCAUUUACGUGAUGGAAGAUGGAAUACAAAUCUAGUAUUUUGCUUCGUUAUUCUCCCCUCACUGCAAGUGUGCCAGUGAUUUUUCUCUUCCAUUGUUGAUGUGCGAAAGGGUAUGCCACGAUUAGUUAGAGCUGUGCUACACAGGGUGAGGCGAAAGUUGGCUUACGGUGUAAAAAGGCAUGAAUAAGCAAUAAAGUAAAAAUGUCAAGCGUCUAAUUUCGAAUAUUGCAGACUUGGAGUUUAGCAGCAUCCGUUUCAACCUGAGGCCUAUCUUUUCUUGCCCCUAGAAAUCUUAAUUCUUCCUAGUUCUCGACUUACGUUAUUCCCCACCGUAAACCGAUUUCUGCCCCAUCUUGUACAGGAAAAAGCAAAUCGUUUUGACCACGGCGGUAAACUGCGAAAUAAGCAAAGAGGUACGGCGAUGCUCUAAGUAUCUUUGUAUCUAUAAAAGACUGCGAAGAAAACACUUGUACCCUAGGACAAUAAUGUCAAUUGUACCAACUUGUAAAUUUUAUAUUUACCCUUGUGUCGAAAAUUCUUAUUAUUGCAGUUAAUACGACGUCGUCGGACUAAUAAAUCAUUUUAAAAACGCAUUGUA